CAGUCUUCGAUAGAGAACAUAUCACUGAGCAACACAAUUCUUUGAAUCAAAGAACAUUUCUUUACCCUCAUCCCGUUAAAUCUUUUCUUACGAGUUCGACUAAAGUGGCUCAGCCAAGUGGAGGAUCAUAAAAAAAGGAAGGGGAGAAAAAAGAAAAGCUUUUUUUCCACGACAUGAUGGAUCGCGAGUGCGGAAAAGUGAUGUGACGUGCCCGAUGAAUUUGGAGGAUUGACGUGGGCCCUGCGCGUUAACCAUGAGGCUGUUCUUUUGCGGUAAACUGCUGAGGCGCACCAGCCGAGAUUUGAACGGGAUCGAGACGGAGGCGAGGCCGGCAGAUCAGGUGUACAGGAGGUUCUCGGGGGUCAGGAGGCACAGGGCCGUCAACGGCGGGGCUGCGGUCGAUCGCGACAGUUUGAAGCCACCGCCCGUUCACCACAAAGACACGCUCACAAAGGCUAGAUUGAAAGAGGCCCUUCGCAAGAACGAGUUCCUCCAAAACUUCGACGAAGCCUACCUCGACGCCUUCGUCAUGGCCAUGUACCUCAAAGACGUCCCGGCCAACACCCGCUUGAUCCAGGAGGGCGACGUAGGUUCCCACCUUUACGUGUCGGAGAAGGGCACUUUCGAGAUCUACCAGGGCCCGACGUACGAGAGCUGCUUCGGGCCCGGCACCGCCUUCGGCGAGCUAGCUCUUCUGUACAACACCAAAAGACUGCGGUCCGUCGACGUCAAACACGGAGGUAAGGUCUGGGUCCUGGAGCGCGAGGCCUUCCAAGCCGCUGUGCUCUUGGAGAACCGGUCGUUUGCCAACGACGACGUCGAGUACCUCCGUAAGAUCACCAUUUUUCGCACCCUGCCGAAUCACACUCUGGCCAAGAUCAAUGAACUCAUGCAAGUUGAAUUUUUCCAAGGCGACGAGCUCAUAAUAUCCCAGGGCGAGGUGGCCAACAAGUUUUUCGUCAUCAACGGGGGUAGCGUGCAAAUCACGAGGAAAAGACUUAAGGAGGACGAGAAGCUGCAGGUUCUCGGGAAGGAGGAGUACUUUGGCGAGCAGGCAUUCAGCAACGACAACGAGCACUCGUACGAGGUCAACGCCGUCGCUCUGCCACCCGGGGUCGAGUGUUUCACCCUCGAAGCCAAAGCCCUAUUGAACUACCUCGGCAGCUUGAAUCUGAUAAAAAAGGACAAAUGGAUGUUUGAGCUGAAAAACCGGUCCAACUCGCAAAUAGCCGAGUGGACGAGCCAGUACGGGGACCUGAAGCUGCUGGACAUCGAAGUGAGGGGCACCCUGGGCGUGGGGGCGUUCGGCAGGGUCGAGCUAGUCACGAUACCCUCGAUACCGGACAAGAGCUUCGCACGCAAGAAAAUCCGGAAGAAGAAGGCCGUGGAGAUGGAGUGCGAGGAGUACGUGCUCAACGAGAAGAAGAUCAUGGAGUACUGCAACUCGCCCUUCAUUUGCAAGUUGUUCCAGACGUUCAAGGACACCAAGUACGUGUACUUCCUCAUGGAGGUGUGCCUGGGUGGCGAUCUGUGCACGUACGUGGCGCGCAACGGGCCGCUGGACAACAACACGGCCAAAUUCGCGAUGGGCUGCUGCGUCGAGGCCAUCGCUUAUCUGCACAGCCACGGCAUUGUUUAUCGGGACCUCAAGCCGGAUAACAUCAUGAUCGACGGCCAGGGUUACCUCAAACUAGUGAUUCUCUUUCUUUACCUGAAAAAAAAAGCCGUGGAUUACUGGUCGUUGGGCAUAGUGAUGCACGAAUUACUCCUGGGACGACCACCUUUUCAAGACACGGAGAUGCUCUCGCUGUACAGCAAAAUCACCCGAGGCAUCGAGUCGAUCGGUAUUUACGGAAAUUUGAAGAAAUACGCAGAGAAUCUCAUACGCUCGCUCCUGCGUCCCAGUCCUACGGAUAGGAUUGGCAAUUUAAAGGGUGGAAUAGCUGACAUUCGAACGCACAAGUGGUUCGGAGCGUUCGAUUGGAACGCCUUGCAGAGCCUGAAUAUGCCAUCCCCUAUCGUGCCAAAGAUGAAGAGUUACCUCGACACAAAGUAUUUUGACGUUUUUGAUCCCGAAAAGGGCCAAGCGGAAAAUGAAUUUUCCGGCUGGGAUAGUGAAUUUUGACUCGGAUAUACGUCCUUCUGUCAGCACAAUUUUCUUUUUUCUUUCUUUUUUUUCAUCCAAAAAACAAAACGCGUACUCAUAAGAGUAUUCGAAAUUUGCAUCGAUUUGACAAAUUGUCUAGCCAAGAGGAAACUGGCGUGACUAUACUUUUAAUUUCAAAUAAGAAAAUUUUAUUAUUACGUCGAAU